AUUAUACUAUAUGUAUUUAUUUUACUUAUAUCUUUACUAAUAUUUAAAAGAGAAAGACCGCUGCUUCAAUUGUAGGUAUUGCGAUAAAUUGCUACCUUAAAUAUCGUUGCACUUUGAAAAGGAGCAACGACACUGACGUCAUUUCUACGAAAAAGAACGCUUUAGUGUAACACCUUCCGCGCGUUGGUACAAAAAGUUUGGCUGAAAAGAGAACGAAUCUAUUCAUCAAAGAUAUAAAAAAAAAGGGAAAAAUACAAAUCUGCAUAAAAAAUAGCGAAGAGGAUAGAUAGAAGAAACAUGUAAAAAGAGAAAAACAUUUUAUCAUAUUUUGGAAUGUAAUAAGUUAACCCCAACUAGGGGAAUUUCAUCUGCGUCAGUUAUAAUGCCGAUUCGCGAGUUCAGAGAAAGAGAGAAGAGGCGUUGAUUUGGCUAAGUAUAAUUUUGAAAACUGUAAAGUGCACUCACUCGUGCGCGUAUCGAUCCCGUUUGCUACAAAGUUGGACUGCUUCGUCUAGCUUCGGCUAUAUCGCGCGCAUAUUUGUGCAUUCUGUGCAACUCGGCGUGCUGGCAUGUAUAGACGGGGGAUGGCGUUGGUUAUGUCGGGUGAAAACAAAUAAACCACCAAUGUGAGCGGAAAAGCUCUAAGUCGAGACUGCCUGGAAUGUUCUAUCUGUUCGCACUCAAUUGAAGAAACCAAAUAAAUAAAUGUACGACGGUGGUGGUGAGGGCGGCAGACACAACGUCCCCCGCACAGAACUUCUGAACAAUGUCUGAGGACUCUAAAAUGGGCCUGUUUGGCUCAAAGGAUAGAAAUCAAGAGCAGAAAGAAAAAUCUUCCAAGGAUAAUUCACCGACCCAUUAUGCCCCUUACUGCAUUGACAGCGACACAGAGACAUAUGACACUGAAGCAUUGAGUGUGAUGGACAUCAAUGAUAUCAUCGGUGUGCAAUCUGGUGAACAAGUUAGCGAUUCAACACUGGAAAGCGAAAUCGCUGCACUUUCACAGAUCAUCACAGACUCCAAGGUAGAAUCGUCUCAUCAAUCAACAGAUUGCAGGAAAGAUACACAGGAAAAUUCACCUAAUGCACUUAGCCCCACAUCUGAUAUUAUUUGUCCAGCAACUGAUAAUUCAAGUAUCGUUACAAGUAUUGUCAAUACCAGUGAGCCUAGUGUUAUAACCAAGGAACGUAUUAUAGCCAGUACUCUUGAGGAUCAAGAAGACACAACUGUUCCUGUGCAUAACAGUGUAAUACAUAAGGAAUCAUCUUCAAUUACUACAAGUGAGAGUAUUUCCAACAGCACAGAACUAGAUUCUGUUAAAUAUAGUGAAGCCUCUGAUAUAGAUGCAAUUGAUAAAUCUGAUAAAGAUACAAUUGAUGAUGCGGCUUGCGUGUUGUCUUCCAAUGAUAAGCCAUGUAUUGAGACUGAUUUAUCCACUGCUGUGUUAGCUGAUACUGUUCAAGAUAUUGUUCAAAGUAAGCAACAGUUAAAUGCAACUUCUUCCAUGGAUUAUAAGGAAGAUAUAGCUGAAAGGAUAAAGAGCAGAUUUAUCGACGAUGUAGUUGAAAGCCAAGACAAAGUGUCAGAAUCCAAAAGUGAGGCAAAGCCUGUAAUAACGACUGGUAGUAUUAGCAAAAGUUUGCAAUUGAUAGGAGAGAUAUAUGUAUCAGAGGAUUCUGAAGAAACUAGCGUGCAUGGCAAUGACUCUCCAAAAGACUCCUCAUCUUUUUCUACUUCUAGAGCUCUAUCAUUUGAUAUUGCCGCGAUACACCGAAAUAAGGAUAACUCUGAAGCAACUGACACGUCAAAUACAGCAAAUGUAAAAAAAUCUUUGGAAUCAAGUGAUGGUGUCGAUACGCCUGUUUCAGAGAAAUCGAGCAUCGAAAUAGAAGAUCUCGUUAGUAAAGAAACGGAAGAUUUAAACGUAAAAAUUAAAGAUUCAGAAGAUUCCAGUCAAACUGAAAUAUUACAGCAAAACAACUCGACAUUCGAAGAAAAAGCAGAAGCAGAAGCAGAAGCAAAGUAUAACGAUGGCGAGGUAUCGAGUGACGCGCAUGAGCAAACGGAAAGUAAUGCAGAAGUGAAUAAGACGAGCAUAAUUAAAGAAGAAUCGUCGGAACAUCAGUCCCCCAGCGAAGCCUGUGCAGAAGCGACGAAUGCAUCUGUAGAAAUAUCUACUACGUCGCCUGAGGAAGCAACGCAAGAUAUAGAAAGAAAUCAAGAAAGUAAAGUUGAAAAUAUCGAAUCGGAAUCAAACAUAUUGACGUUUGUUCCUGAAACAAAGGAGGAUAAUUCCGUGGCUCUUGAUGGAAAUGAAUUAUCAGAUACGAGGGAGGUAAACGAUAAUUGUUCUGUCCUUGACAAUAAUACCAAAGAGCUCAUAGAAGAUGUGUCCACGUGCGAAAAUAAAAAUACUCCUUUAGAAUCUGCAGAUGAUACUCAAAAUACUACGCCAAUUGAGGUGUCCGAUGAGCAAUCGUGUACGUCAGAAGUGAUAUGUAAAAGCAGUUUGUUUCAAGAAUCCGACACUGCUGUGGAAAACUCUCUAACAACUCCAGAAACCGUUUCAACAGAGACAGCUGUCACGGAGGUAGAUCUCGAGACGGCUGCUGUGAUCGAUGAUAAUCGAGAUAACUUAAGCUUGGACGUCGAUACGGAGAAAAUACUUUCGUUAACGAACGACAGUGCAUCCGAAGUUAUAUCAGGCGCAAGUAAGGACGAAUCAGACUUGGAGGAAAACACGGUAUUGGCUCAUGAAACUAUCGAGGAAAAGGAGAUUGACGCUAUAAGUAAUAAACAAUCUAUAAGUAGUCAUUCGUCGCAUGAGCCAAGCUGUACUAUAGAUUCACAUCCCGCGGAUUCGUUAACACAAAGUGACGCAAAUACAACGCUUACCAAUACUAAUGUUUCUAAGGACACAACAAUUUGCACGGAAAAAAAUACCUAUGCUGAACCAUUAGCCCCCGUGGAAUGUCACGAGUCUGUUGAACAACUUCCGUCUGUAUCAGAAAAGUUAGAAGUCUGUGAAAUUAACGAUGCUAGUUCUGAAAAUCUACCCGGAGAUCUCGCUCCUGUAUCUGAUGAAACGAGCAAUGCGAUCGAGAAUAUAGACAUACCGUUAUUUGAAGCUGAGAAGAUAGAAGAUUCGGAAGUGAAACCGGAGACGUCGCCGGACGUGAGUAAAAACAAAAUAUCGCCUAUGGAGGAGAUAUCUGUGGAAGAAGUAUCUCUUGUAAAAGAGAUAUCUCCUGUAAAAAAGAUAUCUCCUGUAAAAGAAAUAUCUCUUGUGGAAGAAAUAUCACCUGUGAAAGAAAUAUCACCUGUGGAAGAAAUAUCUCCUGUGGAAGAAACAGCUGCGAAGGAGAUAUCUCCUGUAGAAGAUAUAUCUUCUCCACAGCAAACGCUUUAUCAGUCUGAAUUACGCGUGCAAAGUGAAGAAAUUGAUUCUUCCUCCGCACCAAUGGAAAGUAAAUCAACUGAGGAAAAUAUUAUUCCCCCUAACGUAUCAUCAGAGAGAGAUACAAGCCCGCCAUUGGUUGAUAAUUCGGCGGUUGUAGAAGAUAAUGUAUCGAGUUCUUUUGGUAGUGCAUUGCAAAGAAAAAAUAAAACUGAGAAGAAUAUCGCUGUUGAAAUUCCUUUAAACAAAGAAGUCGAAAAAGCAGAGAUUAUAUUGUGCGCAAAUGAAGAAAAAGUGGAAGCUGAAGAACAUACCCAGAAAGAAGAAGAAGCUCUUGAUACAAAUCUUUUGGAAUUGAAAACUUCCGAUGUCCAAAUGAUAAGCACUCAAGAUGGGAACUUACAUGAUAAUGAAGAAAUACACAAUGAAACUACGCCAGUAGUCGAGGAAGAAAAGAAAAAACCAACCAAUGUUGAUGUAGCGUUAAUGAACGAAGAGAAAAAUAUGGAAGCUGAAGAAUCUGUCGACGCUAACGUAGAGGACGCCCAGUCGAGCGACAUUAGCCUUCCUAUAUUACAGGAAAGUUCGGAGAGAACAAUCGAGGCGGAUAACGAAGCACAAGAUACUGACUCGAAAAAUGAUCUCAAAGAAGAUGAAAGUAUUUCGGACAACGUGAGUGGCGUCGUGGAAAUGUUGGCUGAAGUACAAGCUUCGAGAGACGCGACAGACACGUUAACAAGUAUGCUGAAUAGUGCCAAUGAUGGAACGAAUAUCAAGAGUAUGAUGGAAGACGAAGGAAAUGCGGAAGAAGCUGAAGCGAACGCGUUACAAGUUUCAACGGAUUUGUCGUUAGAAGCGAAUAUCGAAAAGUUAGCUGAGAAACUGUCUCAAGAUUCGGUAUGUAUGGACGAUACGAUCGCCACGCAGAAUAUGGACUCUCUGGAGGGACUUUUGGAUCUUGAUCUUAUAUCUGACGAGAAUCCGUCGUUGAAGGACGCGAAGAUUGAGGACAAGACCUCGGGAGAGACAGUAAGUAGGAUAGUCGAUAUGGAUCUUUUAUUGGAUCAAACGAAUCAAAGCGAGACGAGCUUGACGCAAAACUCAGUGAAUAUGAUCACCAGCUUAACGAGCAGAGACGAAGAAACGAGCGAAGCAACGGUUGAGCAGUUGAUUAACGACCGAAUUACUGAGAAUGAAGCCAGUGAGUCGUUAAAGAUGGACGGAGAUAUGAAUGCGAAGCUGGCGAGCGAGAGCGCGGAUGCUGAAAAGAUGGAGGAACCUCUCAGGACGGACGGUAAUUCAGAACCGAACGAUUUAGACGUGGAGUUCGGAGAUAACCGGCUGGAGUCGGUAGGUGAUCUGGAGGAAGCCGAGGGCAAGCUGGAGUUGCCGCAAGAUAUGCUGUUGGAAAGUGUAGUGACUCAAGAGAAUCUUGCCGAUAUGCCAACCGUCAUCGAGAACUCGCAAUCAAGCUCGGAGAUCUCCGAAUUGGAGUCCGCGGUAAAGUUUCUGCAGGAGUCCGAGGAGCAAACGAUAGACUCGCCAUUGGUGCUCUCGCCGAAGAUGGUGGAGAGCGUCGUCGAGGAUAUCGCGAAGCAGGCCGACGCAGAGCUUUACGCGAUGCCCGACGAAGCGGACAACUACACAGCCGCCGAAUCCGAGUUGGCGUCACGUAUUUCCAUCUCUAUCUCAGAAGCUGAGAUCAUAUCGGAGGCCACGAAGCUGGAGAACGAGCGGAAGUUCGCGGCGCAGAUACAAAAUGCUGCCGGUGGCGACAUGGUAGCAAAGCCGGUGGCAAAGAAGGACACCGAGAAAGCGGAGGAGGUAAGCGAAAAGGCCGAAGAAACGCCCGAAGAGACGGAGAAUCAGACGUGUGCAAAGUCUCCCGUCGACCCUGCUCCCGUCGCGACUGAUUCUCUAAAUGUACAAGCGAUGGAGGACUCACACGAGAGGAAAGAAGACAUACCUAACAUCAGGCCAUUGUCGAAUGAAUGUAUCUUAAAGGCGUGCGACCUCAUUCCACGAGUGUCGAUAUUGGAAGAGCGGUUGAAGGAACCUCCCAAAAUCGAGAUACCCGUCCCCGACUCGACUAAGGUAUUGGAGUCCAUUAUCAGUCCAAAUGACAGUCUCCUCAUACCAAAGGACUCCAGAGCCAUGAUGUAUUCGAAGAUGCUGGAAUCGCCGAAGUCGGAUAAGACCAUUUCUGCGGAGUCGAAAAGCGUUGACACACCGCGCAAGGACUCCGAGAAGCACGACUUCGAGAACGUGGGCUCACCGCGGAUAAUCCUGAAGAUCGCUAAGUCCGCGAUCGCAGAUUGCAGCGAGCCGCGGUCGCCGAAGAGCCCGAAAAUUCGAUCGGCCGCAAACUCGCCAAAUCCGGAGGACAGUCCGGGUCAAAAGUUAGGUAAGAUCAAACUGAAACUGUCGAAGGGCGGCCAUCCCUCCAUCAUAUCGAACGAGAACCUGGAAGAGAUCGGUCAGUGGCACACCGAUAGCAUGUCGUCGUCGUUGUCCCCCAUCGGUAUGAAGAUCAAACUGUCGAAGAGCGGAGACGCGUCCAUCGUAGGUGCGACGACGGAGAGGCACGAGAGUAGUAAUCUGGAGGAUUCCAAAGAGACGACCAAGUACAAGUUUGAGGAGCCUAAGAGAACAGACUCGCCUAUCGGCAUGAAGAUCAAGCUGUCCAAGUCCGGCGACUCGGCGUCGAUCGUGCAGCAGGAUACCAAGGAGAUUCUCGGCAAGCAUAAGGAUAAACUGGAGAUACCGCAAGGGAGUCCGAAGAGGACGGAGUCGCCGAUCGGUAUGAAGAUCAAGCUCUCUAAGACCGGCGACGCUUCUAUCAUCCAGAGCGACUGGCAAGAAAAUACGGAAGAACAUAGGGAGGCCGCGCCGAAGCGCACCGACUCUCCGAUCGGCAUGAAGAUCAAGUUGUCGAAGACUGGCGACGCAUCUAUCGUAUCUCCGUCGGACCACGUCGCGGACGACGCAAAGGACUCGUCCACGAAAGCGAAGGAGAAACAGGACUAUUCCGCUGAGCUGCCACAGAAAAGGACAGAGUCUCCGAUCGGCAUGAAGAUAAAGCUGACCAAAGGUAAAGGAGGUGCAGCGUCCAUCAUUUCCGUGGACAACAUCGAGGACACAAGGGACAAGCUCGAGAUCCCCGAGCCACCCAAGCGCACGGAAUCGCCGCUCGGUAUGAAGAUCAAGCUGUCGAAGAGCGGCGACGCAUCUAUCAUACAUUCUGAAGUCUCAGACGACAUCAAAGAGACGAAGCACCGGGAGAAAGCCGAGGUAGCCGCGCAGGACAUGGCGAAACCGACAGAGUCCACGGGAAUUAAGAUCAAAGUGACGAAGACGGGUGACACGUCGACAUCGACUAUAUUACCAGACGUGAUGGAGGAGCAGAACGCGCCCCAGAAUUCCGAGUCCACCUUCGUCGGCAAGAAAAUCAAAGUGUCUAAGUCGGGAGACGCGUCAGUAGUGAGUUGUUCCGGUAAGAUAGAACAAGCGGAAGACUCAAGGCCGCGAGAAGCACCGGCAGAGGCGCCUAAGAGAACAGAAUCUCCGCUCGGCAUGAAGAUCAAACUGUCCAAGACCGGCGACGCUUCCAUCGUACAGAGCGAGGCCACCGCCGCCGCUUUCAGCGAGGAUCAGAACAGGACGACGCGCAUAUCCGACGGGGAGCACGCCAAGAGCGAUUCGUCGUCGAGCCUCGGCAUGAAAAUCAAGCUCUUCAAGACAGGCGACGCCUCGGUAGUGACCGAGACCGAGGUAGGCAGGAAAGAUAAGCAGCAGAGACGCAACAAGGAGGUCUCCGAGUCGCCAUUGGAAAUGAAGAUCAAGCUGUCCAAGACCGGUCAUCCCACCAUCGUGACGUGCGACAGUCACGAGACUCAAGGAUCCUCCGCGCACAAGACCGCCAAAGAGUCUCCGACUACGGCUUCACCGGAUCCUGCACUCGCGUCUUUCUCCCAUAGAUACGCGGAACACCACGCUCCGCACGUGGUUCACGCCAAAGAUACUCCUCCGUUGAAGAUCAUCAAAGUCAGUAGCGGAAACAGCAACCAGUCUAUCCUGCAGAGCGGCCGAUCGGAGCUCACCAUCGAACCGGUGAUGCCGAUGCAAAUGCAGAGUAGAAAGGCGAUGGAUAACACGCUCGAGAUGUCAUCUAAGCGCAAGGACAUCACGAUCUCGCCGAUCGAGAACAAGAAGUCGAAGCUGGAGGCGCAACUGUCGCAGAUAUUGCCGGAAGUCACUAUUCAGCCGGUGAUAUGCCGGGACCAACAGAAGCAGCAGCAACAACAACAGCAUCAGCAGCAACUGUUGUUUGAUCCGAAGACCAGCCUAAUCAGUCGGCAGCAGAUGAACGUGAUCAGUCAGGAGAUCAGCAUCACGCAGGUGCGACCUACGAAAUCAUCGUCGGACGUCUCGUCCAUGGGUGACAAGCUCAAGGACAUUCUGAGCAAAAACACGACCAGCUCACCGGUCGGAUCGGAUUGCGAGAUUAUCGAGCAUCGACCCGAGCUGAUAAUCGUCAACGAGAACUCCAAUUCCAGUCAAGAUGUCGUAAUAAUUGAGGAGGUGCCGCCCAACAGAAUGACCGACAUCAAAGUGCCGAAGAAGAGGGGUAGACCCCGAAGAAAUCCUCUGGCGCAGUCGUCCUCGCAAAUGCUGAUACCCAGGGAUCCCUUGUCCCUGGACGAGAUACAGCCAGUUCCACAAGUCGAACACCGAGAGAACGAGAGACCCAAGAGGACAUGCAGGAGUCAAAAGAGUUACGCCCCGCCUAAGAGAGGCAGAGGAGGACGAGGUCGUGGUAAACGGAAAUUGGAUAACGUAGACGUUCCGCCUAGCAAGAAGCCUCGAAUAGAUCAGGAUCUAUCUUCUAUAGAAUCUUCGACGAUGGCUGUCAUCACUAUUGAUGAGACACCAUCGUCAGAGGAUACACUUCGGAAAUCAUCGGAAUUAUACAAGGCGCUGAAACAACCGCCUAUAGAUAUCAAAGGCAUGACCACCGUGCCUGGUAAAGGGAAGAAGGAAUCAAAGGUCGCGGAAGUCUCCACAAUUGCGACACAGUUGGAUUCCAGCAGAUUGUCGUGCAACAUUAUAUUGGAUAAUUUGCCAAAACCGUCCACUAGUCGAGCGGCCAUAGGCACCACAACGCCGUUGGACUCGAAAGACAGCGAACUGCACAAAAAACCGAGUGUAGAGAGCGUCGUUUCCGAAAAAAUGCAGAAGAUAACGGCAAAUAAAGGUAGGAUAUCGUCGGACGGUUCGAGGACGUCCGAAAUUAAAGAGAUACCCACAUUACCCGGACCCUCGAGCUGGUUGACACCGACGUCGAAGAAGCAAGUGGACGCGGUCGUCAAAAGCGGCGAAACGGUGUCGAUGGUGCAAGUAAUCGACGAGGAGACGAGGAUGAGUGCUGAGUCCGGCUCCAGGUCACAGACACCGGCUAGGAAUAUACCAGUACCUGUUUCGGAGACAACGAUAAAUGAAGAAUCUCAAGGUAGUGUCCUGAGCACUGCCACAACAGAAUCUGAAAAAGUCAAAGUCAAAAAUCGGAGAAUGGAGAUAAAUUUUGAUCCCGACGAAGGACCUUUCACUGUUGAUAAAAUAGCAGAGUACGAGUGGCCGUUGGAUAGAAAAGGCGACACUUUCAUGAUACAGGAGCAGAUAUCUCAAUAUCUCGGCGUGAAAUCUUUCAAGCGUAAAUAUCCCGAUCUGAAACGCAGGAUGGUCGAUAUGGAGGAGAGAAAUUAUUUGAGAGAAAAUGCAUUGGUCAGCGAAGCAAUGUGUGAUAUGGGAUUAACUGCAGUGUGCAGUUCAGAAGUGUUGGACGUGAUGUGCAGCGACUUUCCGGAUCAGUACGAGGAAUAUCGUAAGCAUAUGCGCGAGAAACAGGCCAAGGAACAUUCCAAGAAGCAGAAGGAACUAACAGCUGCAGCAAACGCGGAAAGGAAUAGGAUAGAUCUCGCGGAAAUGGCAGUGCAGUCCGCGAUGACGUGGAACGCUAGCUUGAACAAAGCUCGCAAGGAAAGCCGCAAGUAUUGUUUAGAUCUGCAGACUUUUACGAUUCACGUGCCAAAGAAGCCACAAAAAAUUGAAACGGAAAAUAAAACGAGUCAUUAUCCGGUUGCGUUGAUACCGGGCCAGUAUACCGAUUAUUAUCGGGAAUACACGUCAGCGGAAUUGAGAUACUAUCCCCUCAACACUGUCCUGUACGGGCCUACGCGGCCUAACGAACGUAAACUCGAUAGUCAGUCCGAAGGUUCUCAAAGCGACAGCGAUAGCGAAUCAUCUUCUGACGACUCUAGUUCAUCGUCCAGUGAAGGUACACAGGAUACAGAAGGAUCUCAGUCGACUAUGGACGAUGUCGACAUGGAAAUAGUCACUCAGAAAGACGACGUAAAGUUGAAAUGCAAAAUGUGUCUGAAAGUUCUGAAUAAACAUAAUAAAAAUGAAAUAUUAAUACAGUGCGGCACUUGCAACGGAAACGUUCAUCCAUCCUGUAUAGAUUUAACUCUGGAUAUGGUCCCUCAUAUUCAAUCAUACGCUUGGCAAUGUACUGAUUGUAAAACGUGUGCGCAAUGUCACGAUCCUGCGGAUGAAGACAAGAUGCUCUUCUGUGAUAUGUGCGAUCGAGGGUACCACAUCUAUUGCGUCGGCUUGCGACGUGUACCACAAGGGAGAUGGCAUUGUCAGGAAUGUGCUGUUUGUGCAAAUUGCAGCUCGAGGGAGCCCGGCGGUGCGAACUCUGACAGGAACAGCGUCGCGCAGUGGCAACACGAGUAUAAGAAAGGCGAGAAAAAUACUCGAGUGUAUGUCUCUACAUUCUGUGUUCCAUGUUCGAAGCUGUGGCGAAAGGGUCGCUAUUGCCCACACUGCAGUCGCUGUCAUACCGCCCAAAGGCUCGACCUGGAACCGAAUCUAGUGCAUUGCAGCGCAUGUGACAAGUAUCUGCACUUAGAUUGCGUGGAGACCAAGGGAAUAGCGUUUGAUAAAAAAAGUUAUCUGUGUGAUUUCUGUACACCGUCGAAUCGUCAGCAAGUGGCAAAGCCCAUAUCACCGAAGAUACUCAAAACGUGAAUUAUCAUUGAAUAACGUAUCACUAUGCGUAGAAAUGGGGAGACCAUUGAAAAUUGUAUAAUAAUUAUAUUAGUGAAAUGUAAUUAUAUUAUAUUAAGCACUAUAUAUAGCGCAUUUUUAUCGGACGAUUAUAUUUACAAAUGAGAGUGCACAUGAGAUUUUCUCCUUGAGUACUUCAUGUGAACGUGUCGUGCUGUACAUAUUUACAAUAUCAAUAAUUUAACUCGUAAAACUAAAUUUUUACCAUGUGUACCUUUGAGUCAAAUAUCGCGAAUAGUCGUAUAAAGGAAAGGGUAAAAAAAUCAGCUUUGGCUGCAGAUGAGUGUCAUGAAACUCUUACAAAGUGGAAUAUAUAAAAUGUACGAAAGUAAUACACAUUUGACUAUUAAUUCUUUUGCAAAUUUGAAGUUGAUUUUUGUAUACCAUACCAUAAUGUGUAUUGAUGAAGCAUACAAUUUUCUUUAUAGUACUUUGACGUACAUUACAUGAUGUAACAUUAUACAAACAUAUAAUGUUACAACACCAAAUCAAAAUCUUUAUUGUUUAAAAUAAAUAAGUGAUUUAGAAAAUCACUAUGCGUAGGAUAGUUUGUGUUUUAAGGAGUUAUGAUUUUAUAUUUCAUUUAAUGGUACUAACAGAAUGAAAAUGACCUUUUAUGCAACAUAUCUGAUUUGCGAGCCUUGCAAACGCAGAAAAAAAAACGAAUAAUUCUUUUUUACUGUUUAUAUUCUGCAAUGUAUAAAGAAAAUAUUAUCGUUAUAAAGACUAAAAUUUUUUUUUCGA